AGAUGCAUUUUCAGAAGACAGUACUCCAGUAAUAUGAUAUCUACACUACAUAAUAACUGUACCUGGUAAGAAGAUUUAAUAAGUCUGAGGGUGGUGCUAAGUUUCUCAGAACAGACUCAUCUUUGCGGAUGCAAUUGCAGAACAGGAAACAGACCCAGGGAGGAUUUUUUGGCCCCCUCCAAAUCUCAUUGGCCCUCCUCACAAGCCAAGCCACAGCCACUCCUGCCACACAACCGGAUUGCUUUCAGCACUCGCAGCCGUGGACAGCUCCCUCGCCGCGCGGUCGUUUUCUCUGCAGUGAGCGGAUUUGCUCUGCCAGCAGCUGUCGGUGCCGCACUAGACACCGAGUCCUAGCCAGCGCUCACAGAAUACGCGCUCCCUCCCUCCUCCUUCUCUGGCCCCCGCCCCUCGCUCACCCCGGCCCACUCCAGAGGCGACUUUGAGGGAUUCCCUCUCGGGCGGCCUCUGCAGCAGCACAGGCUGCAACUCAUUCGCUGCACUGCAAGUAUGGAUCUCCGAGGAAGAGCGGUCCCCAGCGUCGGCAGACUUCGAGUUCUCUUGAUGCUGUUCCAUACAAUGGCUCAAAUCACGGCAGAACAAGAAGUGGAAAAUCUCUCAGGCCUUUCCACUAACCCUGAAAAAGAUAUAUUUGUGGUGCGGGAAAAUGGGACGACGUGUCUCAUGGCAGAGUUUGCAGCCAAAUUUAUUGUACCUUAUGAUGUGUGGGCCAGCAAUUACGUAGACGAAAGCCACAACACGUCCAAGGGACCUGAGGCGACUUGGAGGCUGAGCAAAGUGCAGUUUGUCUACGACUCCUCCGAGAAGACUCACUUCAAAGACGCAGUCAGUGCUGGGAAGCACACAGCCAACUCGCACCACCUUUCUGCGUUGGUCACCCCAGCUGGGAAGUCCUAUGAGUGUCAAGCUCAACAAACCAUUUCACUGGCCUCUAGUGAUCCACAGAAGACAGUCACCAUGAUCCUGUCUGCAGUCCACAUCCAGCCUUUUGACAUUAUCUCAGAUUUUGUCUUCAGUGAAGAGCAUAAAUGCCCAGUGGAUGAGCGGGAACAACUGGAAGAAACCUUGCCCCUGAUUUUGGGUCUCAUCUUGGGCCUCGUCAUUGUAGUAACACUUGCAAUUUACCACGUCCACCACAAAAUGACUGCCAACCAGGUGCAGAUCCCUCGGGACAGAUCCCAGUAUAAGCACAUGGGCUAAGGGGCCAUCAGGCAGGCACCCCACAUUCCUGUUUCCCCAACUGGAUCAGGUAGAACAACAAAAGCACUUUUCCACCUCGUACAUGGAAUACACCAACAUAGCUGCAAUCAAACAGGCCUGGGUAUCCGAGGCUUGCUUGGCUUGUGUCCAUGCUUAAACCCAGGGAUGGGGGAGACUCUUUUGGAUUUGUAGGGUGAAAUGGCAGUUAUUCUCUCUAUGCUGGGGAGGAAGGAGGGGGGUGCUCAGACAGCUUUCAUGCUCAUGGUGGCCAUGUUGCUCUCCAGAGAGCAACAGGUGCCACUUGAAGCUGUAUCUGGCCCCAAAAUUUAGGGAUUGAAAAUAUACUCUUUUGAGGAGGAAACCCUUUUAAAUUCAGAAGAACAGGGGAUGCUUUGCUCCCUUGGACACAGCUGGCUUAUCCUAUACAGUUGUCAAUGCACACAAAAUACAACCUCAUGCUCCCUGCAGCAAGACCCCUGAAAGUGAUCCAUGCUUCUGGCUGGCAUUCUGCAUGUUUAGUGAUUGUCUUGGGAAUGUUUCACUGCUACCCGCAUCCAGUGACUUCGUAGCACAAGAACACAACUAAUGUAACUAUGCAGAGUUGUUUGGACUUCUCAAUGUGCCAGGUCCAAGUCGGGGGACCUGAAGAAUCAAUCCGUGUGAGUUUGUUUUUUGAAAUGAAUUAAAACACACUAUUC